AUGGACUCCACUAUUGCCAACGUCAAUGGAAGGUUAUUGCAUUAUACUGAACCCACAAUAGUCUAUAGCUCUGAACGUGAGGUGGCAGCUACACAUCACCUUGGCAAGGUUUUAGGUAUUCAUAGAGAUACUAAUGAUGGUUUGGAUGCUGAACAUAUUCGGAGGCAGAUUGAUAUGAAAUAUAUAGAAGGAAUGGAUGUCAUAGCAUGUGAUGUUAGAAAUCCUGAUCACAUAGAUGUGGAAUUUGAAUCAAUUGGAGGAUUGGAAUCUAUCAAGCAAGCUUUGUAUGAACUGUAUCGUACUACAGAUCAUGAGGCAUUAACCACUAUGAAGACUGAGUUCAUAGCAUUAUGGGAUGGGUUUACUACAGAUCAGAACGCACAAGAGAUGUUACUUGCUGCAACCAACUGACCUUAAGAACUCGAUGAAGCAAUCCUCCGGAGGCUUCCUCAGGCCUUUGAAAUUGGGAUACCUGAUCAAAGAGAGAGGGCUGAGAUCUUGAAGGUUGUUUUGAAAGGGGAGAAAAUCAAAAGCAAAAUUGACUUUGACUGUAUAGCAAUUUUGUGUAAGGGCUACACUGGUUCAGAUCUUCUUGAACCUUGCAAGAAAGUAGCUUAUUUUCCUAUUAGGGACCUAUUGGAUGAGGUGAACAAAGGGGAAAAAUCUAGUGAUCCAAUGCCAUUGUCCCAGUCAGACUUGCAGAGAGUUCAUGGCACACCAACCAAGACUAGGUCAAGCUCUCAUUCACCUGGGUGGCCAAGGCAGUCAGAUGACUAUCAGGUUGAAUCCACAACUAAUGAACUCUCUAAACUCGUAGUAUCUCAAAUCUUGAAUCUUCAGUUGGAUAAUCAGGACCCUUGAAAUAUUCAUCUGUUUUUUUCUUAAUAUGAGGCCAAGAGAAAUUGUAUUUUAAAUUAUUUUAAUUUUUUUUCCAAUUCUGAAAUGUUCUAAGUAGAAUAUGUUGUUUUUAGGCGACUCAGAAUUGUAGAUUUAUUGUAGCA